AAGGAAACGUACACGUUUGUUGGAAUGUUGCCCUCCAGCCAUAAUCCUGACACGUGAACAUGAACUUGUACACCGCGCAUACUGAAAGAUAGAAACCCAGGUAAGAGGCGGCAUUCAUUACUGAACAUUAUGGGAAACGCCCAUUCCUGACAAUGCUCACCAUGUCCAUGCUAGCCCAUGCUAGGCUAUUUGUGGAUUUACUUGGAGCAGGAAUCUCCUGGGCUGGAUUCCUAACUUUAACUAAAAGGACACAAAGAACAAGCGUCAAUGGAGUCCUGUCUGAUGUGUAGUUCUACCGGCUCACCACAAGGGUGCAUCCUAUCACCUUUACUUCCAAUUCACAACAAUGCAUAAGACUCCAUAAUGAUGAUCCUGCUUCAGGAUGGGCAAAACAACCAUUGGACAGGAUUUCAUUCAUUGGGGACUCUUUUCUCCUGAUAAAUGGAAACAAAAACAAAGAAGAAAACAGUGUUGACCCAGUCUCCAUCAAGGGGGAGACUGGAGCCCGGUGACCCAGUAGAAAUACCUGGGCACCAUCAGAGUCUGGGCUGAACUUUGAGGUAGUCUGUAAAACUUGCAAUGUCUCAGGAAACUGCCGGAGUCAGCCUUUCACCUUACGACCGCGGUUCGAACAAAAAUAAGACCACCCCCAAUCAGAUGGUGAAAUGGUCGUGCAAUGGACAGGAGAACUGGAGUCCUUUAACAGACCGAACUCCGGCAUGAUGCAGGAGCCUCUGCACCCCUUGGACCACCAGAGACGGGCGGUCCCAAAACGCAGAUCCAAGAGCUACAGGGCCUGUGUAAGCAGUUGUUGGGCAUAAUGUUGACAUAGCGUUGCUUUGGCGUGGGUAACGUGCAGGUCACAUGAUGUAAAGGGAGCGAGCUGGAAUAGCUGCAUUCCAUUGACUUAUUCCUAACCGUUUUUUUUUUUUUAAUAUCUUCAGAAGGGAAACACGUGUUCACGUUGCACAUAAGGAUUGGGAAUGACGGGCGAAAUUCCACAAAAAAGUCCUGGUCCGGACUGCUUUUGUGUCUUUUCAAAAAGUGUUUGAAAUUUACAGUCAGAAUUUUUGUUACUUUUAUUUUAGAAAAUGUCCUUUAAAGUGUGGCAUUUCAAGUCACAUUUUGUUUAAAAUACAGAAAAUACAGACAGUAGAACAUGGAUACGGCAAAAAAAAAAAAAAAAAUAGAAGACAGAAAAUAAAGCUAACAAGCCUUUCUGACUGCGCUAGUUUUCUCUUUUUGAAAUGGAACUGAAGGCGAAGAGGAAGGAAGGAUGGAUGGAGGAUGGGGGAGGGGCAGGGGGCGGGGUCAAGUUAGUUAAGGAAACUAUGGUGGCUUUAUGGUUCAUGUUUUAAAUUAUUCUUUAUAAAGUCUAAUUUAAGAUUUAAUCUUUCCUCUCUUUCACUUUUUUUGUCUUUUUCAUUAAAUGGUAUUUUUGCUCUUCAUGAUCCAGGAACCUCAGCGCUCCCACCCUCGUGGACUAAGGAAUGGCCGACUUGGUGUGGCGGCGGGAGCGGGGAGCGCCCGUGUGGCCUCCCCCCCGCCCCGUCCCCACUCCCCAUCCCCGGGGAGCGGCGCCUCAAGAAGAUAAAGUGGAGUCCUUCUGUGUUUGCUGUGCUUGUGAACGCUGCAUGGACUUCUGACUUUCCACGUCUCUAAAAUGUUUCUCCACCUGAGCGGGGAGGGGGGUGGUGGUGGGGGGGACGGAAAGCCUGGCGUCAACAUCUGUCGUCACGGCGACACCCAACAACCCCAUGUAUUGCCACUAGUCAGCCAGAAGAUGAAGUAAAAAAAGGCGUACUCACUAUUUUGCGUACAUGACUUAAAGCGCUUCCCUCUUUGCCUUUGCAGUUGUCGACCUGGUAAGGCGGCGAGAUGACGACGUCGUCCAUCACGAUGAUGUUCUUCUCCUGCCAUUUGCAGUCUUUGAUGCUGCCGCCGCAACAAACGCAGGAUGGAGAGCAUCCACGCACACGGCAUUUGGGUGGCGGAAAGUCUCCAGCGAGAGACGAGAAGCUUGGAGAAUCUGUGGCUGCUCAUCACCCACGUCGGAGAUCCCAAGGCGGCCUUUCUGCUCCUCUUCCCCUUCGCUUAUUUCGCCAGCAGACGAGCCGGCGUGGCGGUGCUCUGGGUGGGUGCCCUGGCGGACUGGCUCAACCUGAUGCUUAAAUGGCUGCUGUUUGGCGAAAGGCCGUACUGGUGGAUCGGCGAAUCCCACAUCUUUGAUGGCAAGCAACCCAAAGUUCAGCAGUUCCCCACCACAUGUGAAAACGGACCAGGUAGUCCGUCGGGACACGCCAUGGUUACUGCAGCCGUGUGGUGGGUGGUGGCGUCCUCCCUGGCCUCCUUCCUGUACACGCGUACCCGCAGCACGUUCCUGUCUUCCGCUCCCUUCCUGCUCUACGCCGCCUUGCUGCUCGUGGUUGGCAUCUCCAGAGUGUUUAUCCUGGCACACUUCCCGCACCAGGUUGUUUCUGGUUCGAUUGCAGGCCUCCUGGUUGGGGUCCUUCUAAAACGCAACGUGCCGGAAGGGCGCCCCCUGUUGUUCUUCUUCACUCUCAGCGUGUCUCUGCUGGCCGGCGCCCUGACCCUCUAUGUCGGACUGCAGCUGCUGGGCUUCGACGUCUUCUGGUCUUUGGCUCUGGCCAAGAAGUGGUGCCGCCACGCGGAGUGGCUCCGCCCCGACGUGGCCCCUUUCUCCUCCCUGACCCGGGACUGCGCCACCCUGCUGGGUUUGGGCCUGGCCGAGUACUGCAAGCCCGGCGGCUGGCCUCUGCUGGGGGCGCCGCGGGCCUUGUCCCUGGCCCUGUCGUCCAUGGGCUUGUUCCACGUCCACCGCCUGCCGCUACCCUUGCAGCCGCCCGCGCUCUACUACUCGCUGACCUUCAUCAAGUUCGUCGUCGUGCCUCCCGUGGUGAUGGCGCUGGUUCCCGGACUGGUGCACCUUGUGACACACAAGAAGAGGGACUAGAGGACUUUCACCAUGGGGGACAGCAAUAUCGUAAUAAGAAUUGUAUAGGGUUUUUAUGCUAUGGAUUUUAUAUGAAUAUAUCUAUAUGUAUCAUGUAUAUUUAUAUAUAGCUUUGAGCAAUGAAAAUGACCAAAAUACUGUAUGUACUGUAAGUCAAAUAGAGCAAUAUUUGAGCCAUCUUCCUCUGGUAUAAUGUAUGUACAUCGCACAGCGAGAAGGGAAAUAUCAGAAUCUGUAGCCUGGGUGAUAUUUUUCAUUUGACUUGAUGCAUUAUUUGUGUGUAUGAUCUUCCUCAUGCCUUCAUAAACUCUAACAUGGACAGUGGAAUUAUGUCAAUGUUUCAAAAGAUGAUAGGCCAUUAAAAAAUAACAAAAGUUUGUAUAAAUGACUUACAUCAAAGUGUAAAAAGACUUAAACGUGUA